UUGAAUGGCAGUGGGCGUGGUUCUAGAGAGGGUGGGUCUGCGCACGCGCUGCCUUUGGGUUUGGGGGUUCCGGAAAUGUGACUCUGAGAAAUGAGAUGGAGAAGUACGAGCGGAUCCGAGUGGUGGGCAGAGGUGCCUUCGGGAUUGUUCAUCUGUGCUUGCGCAAGGCUGACCAGAAGCUGGUGAUCAUCAAGCAGAUCCCUGUGGAGCAGAUGACCAAGGAAGAGCGGCAGGCAGCCCAGAACGAGUGCCAGGUCCUCAAGCUGCUCAACCAUCCCAACGUCAUUGAGUACUACGAGAACUUCCUAGAGGACAAGGCUCUCAUGAUCGCCAUGGAGUACGCACCAGGCGGAACCCUGGCCGAGUUCAUCCAGAAGCGCUGUAACUCCCUGCUGGAGGAGGAGACCAUCCUGCACUUCUUUGUGCAGAUCCUGCUGGCACUGCAUCACGUCCAUAGCCACCUCAUCCUGCACCGGGACCUCAAAACCCAAAACAUCCUUCUCGAUAAACACCGCAUGGUCGUCAAGAUCGGCGACUUCGGCAUCUCCAAGAUCCUUAGCAGCAAGAGCAAGGCCUACACGGUGGUGGGUACUCCUUGCUACAUUUCCCCGGAACUGUGUGAGGGCAAGCCCUACAACCAGAAGAGUGACAUCUGGGCCCUGGGCUGUGUCCUGUAUGAGCUGGCCAGCCUCAAGAGGGCCUUCGAGGCUGCGAACCUGCCAGCGCUGGUGCUGAAGAUCAUGAGCGGUACCUUCGCGCCCAUCUCUGACCGGUACAGCCCAGAGCUGCGCCAGCUGGUUCUGAGUCUGCUCAGCCUGGAGCCCGCCCAGCGGCCGCCGCUCAGCCACAUCAUGGCGCAGCCCCUCUGCAUCCGGGCACUCCUCAACCUGCACACGGACCUGGGCAGUGUCCGCAUGCGGAGGGCAGAGAAGCCCUUGGCCGCUGGGCCACCCAUGGCCCCGGGCACUACAGGAAGCAGGACCACCAGCGCCCGGUGCAGAGGCGUCCCCCGGGGACCACCACGGCCGGCCAUCCCGCCGCCGCUGUCGUCGGUGUACACGUGGGGCGGCGGGCUCAGCGCGCCGCUCCGGCUGCCCAUGCUCAACACGGAGGUGGUCCAGGUGGCAGCCGGGCGCACGCAGAAGGCCGGCGUCACUCGCUCCGGGCGCCUCAUCCUUUGGGAGGCCCCGCCCCUUGGCGCUGGAGGUGGCACCCUCCUGCCGGGGGCGGUGGAGCAGCAGCAGCCCCAGUUCGUCUCCCGUUUCCUGGAGGGUCAGUCGGGUGUGACUAUCAAGCACGUGGCCUGUGGGGACCUCUUCACCGCCUGCCUGACUGACCGAGGCAUCAUCAUGACCUUUGGCAGUGGCAGCAACGGGUGCCUAGGCCAUGGCGGCCUCAAUGACAUCAGCCAGCCCACCAUCGUGGAGGCCCUGCUGGGCUAUGAGAUGGUGCAAGUGGCUUGUGGGGCCUCUCACGUGCUGGCCUUGUCCACUGAGCGAGAACUAUUUGCUUGGGGCCGCGGAGAUGGUGGUCGGCUGGGACUAGGCACCAGGGAGUCCCAUAGCUGCCCGCAGCAGGUGCCCAUGCCCCCGGGACAGGAAGCCCAGAGGGUCAUAUGUGGCAUUGACUCCUCCAUGAUCCUCACGGUGCCUGGCCGAGCCCUGGCCUGUGGGAGCAACAGGUUCAACAAGCUGGGCCUGGACCACCUCUCCCUAGGGGAGGAGCCUGCCCCACACCAGCAAGUGGAGGAGGCCCUGAAUUUCACUCCGUUAGGUUCUGCACCCCUGGACCGGGAGCCCCUGCUGAGUGUGGACUUGGGCACUGCUCAUUCAGCUGCUGUAACUGCCUCUGGUGACUGCUACACUUUCGGCAGCAAUCAGCAUGGGCAGCUGGGUACCAAUGCUCGCCGGGUCAGCCGGGCACCCUGUCAAGUCCAGGGCCUCCAGGGCAUCAAGAUAGCAAUGGUGGCCUGUGGGGAUGCCUUCACUGUCGCCAUUGGGGCAGAAGGUGAAGUGUACUCCUGGGGUAAAGGGGCCCGAGGUCGCCUGGGAAGGAGAGAUGAGGACGCCGCAGUCCCUAGGCCAGUGCAGCUGGAUGAGACCCACCCCUACACGGUGACCUCCGUGUCCUGUUGCCAUGGCAACACUCUCCUGGCUAUCCGCCCGGUCACGGAUGAGCCAGUCCCCCCUUGACACACCUGGAUACACUGCCGGGCUACCCUGAUAUUGCUUCUCCUGUGAAUGUUCUUGAAAAGUGCAGGCACCACACUGGAUUGUAUCGUCUAUGGGAUAUAAGGACCAGUAAAACCCCUGCUCUGCUUUUGGCUCUGGAUAUGGGCUUCCCUGGUGGCUCAGUUCGAUCCCUGGGUUGGGGAGGUCUCCUGGAGUAGAAAAUGGCAACCCACUCCAGUAUUCUUGCCAGGAAAAUCCCCUGGACAGAGGAGCCUGGCGAGCUCCUACAGGGCUAUAGUCCAUGGGGUCACAAAGAAUCGGGACACGACUUAGCGACUAGACAACAAAUGUAAAACUCAACCCACUCAAUUCCCCCAACAUCCUAGUUUCCCCUCCCCACUCCUUCUUAUCUUUAGUUAAUGUCCCCAGGGUUCAGCCUGGUUAGAGUUGGAGGCCAUAGUAACUUUUGGAAGCAGCGUGGUCUCAGGAGCCUCUGCAGAAAAAGGCUGGAGGUGGCGGUGUGGCUCCACCCAGAUCCUGCCCCUUCCCCCAGUUAGAAAAUAAGUCCCUGGUGUCUACUGGGAGAGCAGCGCGGUGCUUUGGAGUAGGGCAAGCUGGGGCCUGCCUGGACUGGCCAUUCCAGCGACCUAGCCCCUGCAUCGCCUGGGGCAGGGAGGUCCCAGGAGUGCUGCCGCCCGCCCCCACUCCUAUAUCCAGAGGCAGGGGUUUACAUAGUUUUUGAGUGCCUCCCUUCCCCUGCGGGGGUGCAUAGGCUGCAGUACACUCAGAAGAUGGCCCCUCACUCCAUGCCAUUCCCCCAAAGCAGGUUGGGAGAAGGGGUAGCUGGCUGGACCAGACUAGCUUCCCAGAUGCCUGGGAGGGUAGCGCGCCAAUUAAAAAAAAAAAAGAAAAGAAAAAA